AACGGUAAUGCGUAGUUCAUUGGAAAUUCACUUUUUGGUUGUGGGCGGUACUGUUGGCAUGAUGGAGCAACCCCACCCCCAUUCCCCUUCUAUUUCUAAGAACCAUUAGCGCAUUUUCUCCGUCACAAAUACAAUUAUUUUCAAUUUUUUUUUCGUCUUCUCCUGAUUUGCAACAAUAUCAUUAAGUAAAUACUCAGAAUUCCAAUUUUAAGCUUUAUUUUCUUUACAUGUAUGAAAAGGGGCAACAAGAACAUGUUAAAAACAGCCUUUUCAUUGGAGUGGGUCUUUACGUUUUUAAAGGGUCAAAAUCUGCUCCUUUGUUUGGGUUUGGGUCACGUGGCAAAUUCACCUGAACAUUCCUGUUUGACAACUUUUUUUGGUCAGGUGAUCUGGCAGCUAGAAAAGAGUGGUUUGUUUUGGGGUUUUUAAAUGAGAGAAGAAUUGCUGCUGGAAACAGUAAAACAAAGUGUUAGCAUCAGCAUCAACUGUCUGACAGUGUAACCCAGAAAUACACAAUUCUAGUUACAAAAUAAGAACAAGUGACAGUUCGUGGUAGACGUUUGGGGAGUUUUGUGUCAGAAACUUUGAUGCAGAGGAGGAAGUGUGUGGUUCCGCCCCGUGGCUCCGGCUUUGAGGAGCAGAGCUUUCAUUCUUCCUCUAACAGUGGAGCAUGGUGGUGCCGGGGAUGUGUCAGCUCGCCUCCGCCGCGCUCCGGCACGUCGAGCCGGUGAUCGUGCUGGAGCAGCUGGGGAACACGCUCUUCGAGACGGCGCUGCAGAUGGUGGUGAAGGACCGCAGCGUCAACGCCUCCUCCACGGAGGCCGAGCAGCAGAAAGUCAUGACGGACUUCUACCUGACCUACAACCUCCUCAUCCGCUUCGUGCCGAUCCUCCCCUCCCUGCUGCUGGCCAGGCUGAGCGACCGCGGCUGGAGGAGGGCGCCGGUCGUGGUGCCUCUGAGCGGCUACCUGCUGUCCCGGCUCCUGCUGCUGCUGGUGGUGCUGGUCCGACUCCCGCUGGAGGUCAUGUUCGGGGCGGCGGCUCUGUUCGGCAUCACCGGGGGGUUCAGCGCCUUCUGGCCCGGCGUGAUGACCCUAGUGUCGCUCCGGUCCUCGGCAGCAGAACGCUCCAAGGUGAUGAUGAGGGUGGAGCUGCUGUACGGGGGGGCAGGUCUGGUGGCCAGCUUGGUGUCGGGACAUCUGUUCCAGCUCUACACCUCCAGUCUGGGGAACGGGACCAUCCUGCUGAUUGUGAGCACCCUGCUGCAUCUGCUCAGCCUCUGCCUCGCCGCGUUCCUGCUGCAGGUGAAGUAUGUGAGCCAGGAGGAGCCAGAGGAGAACCGCAGCCUCCUCUCCCCAACCUCCCACAAUGCUCCUGUAGUUGAAGGCCCGGCGAGGAUCAACAAGUUGAACGUGGCUCUGCUGUUCACCGCCGCGUUCCUGUAUGACUUUGCAGUGGGAGGAGCCAUAUCAUUGCUGGGACCAUUUGUCCUGAAAGCGCCGCUCAGCUGGACCGCCGUGCAGUUGGGGUACGGGAACGCAGCAGGAUGUGGGAUUUUCUUCACUAGUUUCGUCGGCGCCGUGGUGUUCCGGCGCUUUGCCAGCGAUGAAACAAUCAUCCUGAUUGGCAUGGUGUCCUUCGCCUUUGGCAUCUACCUCAUGACCUUCACCACAACAACAGCCAUGUUCUACAUCGCUCGAUCCUUCAACCUGUUUGCCCUCAUCCCCAUGCCGACCAUCAGAUCUCUGCUCUCCCAGCACGUCCCAGCAUCCUCAUGGGGCACCGCCCUGACCUUCCUGCAGAUGACCCUGAAGAUCGCAGGCAUAAUCUACAUUCCUGUUUUCACUAGUGUCUACCAGAAAAGUCUGGAUUGGCUCCCAGGAAUGGUCUUCCUGCUUGCCAGCAUCAUCACCGUCUGUGCCAUGAUUCCCAUUAGCAUUUUAGGCUGCAGAACAGCUAAAGGAAAACAUUACAAGAGCAUCCAGGAGGAUCCAGGGAGCUUGAACCAGUGAUGCGGUCAUGAGAGGGGGGGACUUCCCGCUCCGCCGAGGAACAUGGGAACCGAUACCUGAAAUGAUCAAAAUCUAAGCUGUGCCUUCUGCUGCCUCUGUUACAGACAGGAAACCAACAGCGUUACGUUCAUGGGUUUUUUUGCUGUUUCUUUUUUACUGCAGUGCCAGCAGAGACAGUAAUGUUUAUCUGAUCAGCUCAGACAGACUGAGCUGAAAUGAUCGAAAGUGACAAAUCUUUGAAGAAAUCAACUCUGCAGACGUCAUUGACAGAAGGGGUUUUUGAAAUGCAGAAGUCAUUCAGAAAGACAACACUCCCAUAGUGACUUCAUCACAAAAAAACCCCUGGUGGGGUCAAAAAAGGAAGGAAAACUGAAAAGAAAAAUAUUUUUUUCGAUCCACUUCCAGUUUUAUAUUCAGUUCUUUGAUUCUAAGGUGGAAGUUUGAUCUUAACUUUUAAAAAGUUUCUUAAUUACCGACCUGUUUGUGUUUUUACAGGUCUCAUCGCCUAUCGGUGAUUCAUUUGUUAUCCUACAGUUACAAACACGUCCUAAAAUAUUUGGACUUCUGCCUUUUUUUUUUUUUUUUACACGUAAUCUACCGGGCUACUGAUUAAUACUAAAGAGUUUCAGGUCUUUGUCUUUGUUUGUUUACCUGCUAAAUGCACUUUUCAGAUUGGACCAAACCACCUUAAAAUAUUAGUUGCAUCAGCUGCCCGACUUUGGUAUCGUCCAAAUGGACACAAAAAGGAAGAAAUCUGGCCAGUGUAGCUUUUCCUCCAUAGUAUGUUGCUAAUAUUUAGGUUCUUCAUUUCAUCAGUGACCAAAAUGACAUUUUAUUUUUUUUAUUUUGUGCUGCUUUCUAUUUUUGUAUUUUUGAAGGGGGUUAUUGGCUGAUUCGAAUACAUAGCAAUCAUGAUCAUAGCCGCUUUUUGGUCCGUUUAGUUCACACUGUGGUGAACCACACCAGGGUUCACUUGCAUGUGUACGGUUCAGUUGCAAGAAUUUGAGUUUACUGGAAAAAAUAGACUUUCUGGUGUGGAGCAAACAGUCUGGAUUGAAAACACUUUUAGACAACCUCCACACAGUGAACCAAAAUGAUUUUUUGCACCAAUGUAAGGAGCCCCUAUAGGAGAUUGAAGUUAAAAACAAAUUUAAAAAUAGUACUGGUUUCUUGUGCGCACAAGAAACCAGUACUAUUUUUUAAUUUUUGCUUACUAGUAAAUGUCCCUUUUGGGGCUCCGUAUAGAUGAAACUUGUGGAAACUUUGUUUUUUAUCGUGACUUGCGACUUUUUUUUUUUAAGUACUACACUG